GAUGGGUAGAAAGCACCGUCCAACACGUGAGUCUCAUGUGACGGAGGUAGAUCAGCUCUCCAACGGAGAGACGUGUCUAGUCACAGGGUUUAUUUAACACGUAGACCAAACCACCCCUGUACCACACAUUUACCCGGGAGUAGAGCAUCUGAACUAUUGCUGUGCUUGGAUCUCAGAGUGACAACAUCACAUUGACAGUCUCUGCAAAGCAAUAGCCUGAUGAAAGAAUAUUCUUUAUAGAAAAAGUGUUCACUAUUGAAUAGAAGAAUAUAACAAUACUAUUAGCAAGAAGAAUACACUUUUUUUUCCUCAGAUGACAAUAUUAGCCAAAUAUUGAAAGACAAGUGAAGCCUAUUUUUAAGGUUGAAUUGUUUGGAGACCAAUAUUUGGAUUUCAUAAAGACGCAAAAUGGAGAGGAUUACAAAUGCGCAACCUCCUCCUUGUAUGGCAAAACACCAGUCGCUGGAGAUGGCAGACAUUCAAAGGUAAGCCCACAGAAACAGCUUGUAAUGUAUGCAUUAUAACACUGCAAAACAACAUAGUAUUCUUAUGUAAAUAAUAAUAAUAAUAAAAACACUAUAAGCAUGACUUCUUAUCAAUAUUGUCUAUUCUCUUUGCCCUAUAGAAUGGAUAUCCCAAAGUACAUGAACAAACACCGAAGGGGAAUGAAGCGCGGGGAAGACAGUAAGGUAUGCUGCUGUUCUUUACUUUAAACAUUUUGUACAUCUUUGGUUUACUUUUGUCCGCAAUUUCUUAUUUCUUAUACCCUAUUUAAGACAUUUUACACAUUGACUAACAAAUGUACUUUUAUUUCUCCCACAGGAGACGAACAAGUUACCCCACCGAUUGAUUGAGAAGAAAAGACGUGACAGAAUCAAUGAAUGCAUUGCCCAACUGAAGGAUUUAUUGCCAGAACAUCUCAAACUCACAGUGAGUACGAAUUUCAUGUGUAGCCUACUACUACUGACUGUGGAAUAGGAAUGCAAAUGCGCCACCUGGUUGUUCAUGAUUCAUUUGUUUGGCCAAAUCAAUGCCUUGAUUAGUCUGAUUUAAUCCAAACAUUUAGCCUGUUAUGACAAAGGAAACUUCUUAUUCGAUUUUUUUUUCAUAAUGUAAAUUAGUUGUUUAUUAUUAUUAUUAUUAUUAUUAUUAUUACAUCAACACUAUUUAAAAUUAUCAGAUUGAAAAGUUUGGUUAAUUACAAUAAUUGAAUUCAAUGCAUAUUGCCCCAAACCCUUUCAUAACAAUAUACAUAAACAAUAUGUAGAUAAAUUAUGUCUUUAAAUUUACUGCAUUGUGUUGGUGUGUGCAGAUUGCCUGCCUUCCCGCCCUGUGGCAGUUUGUCCUCUGUUCAGCUGCUAAAAGUGUUAUGUAAGAAAGAUCAACAUGCUUAUCAAGGUCUUCCUGUUUUAGACUCUGGGCCAUUUGGAGAAAGCUGUGGUGUUGGAACUCACCCUGAAGCAUGUGAAAGCCCUGAGCACUCUCCUGGAACAGCAGCAGCAGAAAAUCAUUGCACUGCAGAAUGGCAUGCAAAUCAGUAAGUGUGAUACUUUGAGAUACACUGUUUCAGUUUAUUAUGACUACACCCUAUUUCCACCGAUCAAUAGUAUUACUUAUUAUUGACAGACCAUACCAUUGAGAUGUUUCUGCUCAAUCAAAGCUAAAAUUGUAUCUUUCCCAUUAAAAAAAUUAAUAAAAAAAGAAACCUGUUUCAUUUCCAAAACUGUAGUAUUAUUAAAUAUUAACUGAAUGUCUGAUAUGACUUUGUUUGUUGAAGGUGAUCAGAGCAGUGUUAGCUCAGAGAACAGUGAGGAGAUGUUCCGCUCUGGCUUCCACGUCUGUGCUAAGGAGGUCCUCCUGUACCUGGCUAACCAGGGGAGCAGCAGAGACCACCUGACCCCCUCCCAAAUGAUCAGCCACCUCCACAAAGUAGCAUCAGAGGUGCUCCAGGGUCCAUUCAGCCCCCGGCCCGAAGAGCCCACCCACAAACCCAUCGAUAGCAUGGAGAAGCCUGCUGGUCAGCUGCCUAAGGGCAAUGAGGGUCACCCCAAGAACUUUGUGUCUGUCAUUCAAAGGACAUACCCCCACGGACAUGGAGAGCAGAGUGGCAAUGACACAGACACAGACAGCGGCUAUGGAGGGGAACACGAGAAACGGGACCUCAAAGCCAAAUGCUCAAGCUACUACGGCAAGGAGGGGGAGCUCAAGUACGCUCUGGCUGAGAGGAUGGCAGGAGGUGGCAUCAAGCAGGAGGGUGAUGAGCCCCAGGCCAAGAGGUUAAAAGCCAACUACUCAGAGGAUGAGUCUUCCUCUGGGCAGGUGGUUAGCAGCCAUCACAGUUACAUGAGCUUCUCCCAAUACCAGACCCCACUCUGCGUGCCCUUCUACCUCAUCCCCCAAGAGGCUGCAUCAUGGCCCAUGAUGGAGAAGUGCUGGUUCCCAGGGGGCAUGCCCUUUUUGUACCCAGGCAUGAGUGGCUCAGCAGCCAGCUUGUCUCCAGAUAAAAUACCCCAAAACCUAGUAAUGUCUUUCAGGGCAGGUUCCCCGGCACUCUACCAGACACCCAAGGACUCACCAGCCCUCCUCCAAGCUUUAAAGCAAGCCCCCCCAUGAAGUUGGAAUCCAAAGACUGAUACACUUUUGUGUUUGCACCCAGCUCAAUUAAUGUUUGGGGUUGAACGGAUCGCCUGCUGGAAGGCGUCCAGGUUAGCAAAGACAAACACGAGAGCACCAGUUUGUCUCCCUCAGCAACAGCAGCAAGCAACUGUUUCUCCCAUUAGCCCGCACUCUCCCUCUGAGAGCAAACAACAACUGUCACACACAAACCCAGUGGCCACCGCCCUCCAAGCCAGCACAGAGGGACCUUGGAGCCAGUCAGCACUGAAGCUCAGACCCUAUGGAGGCUCACAGAUUACCUGUUGCAAAGCCCUGAAGAGCUGGUCAACACAAGGACAUCACAAAAGAGAGGGACAUACUGUUGAGAUAGCUUCCCUGCACUUGUGUUGAAUGUCAGAGUUAAACCCUGAAUGUGAUGAGCAGACAGCACAGCCCCCAGCCAUUCAGACCUGCCCUUUGCACACACACCGGUCUGUAAUGAAUGUAAGAAUUUAACGAAACCCCUGUAGAUGCUGCUUGAGUUUCUAUGUGUUGUAGAAGUGCGACCGGAGGAUCCACAUUUUCUGCAUCUGUAGCUGCUGAAACUGCAACAGACCCUCCUUUAGACUAGAACGCUACCAAAUACGUCUCUGGUUUAUGUUGACCAGGGCUCUCACAAAAUCCAUUGCUCCCUCUUCACCCACCAAGUGUACCCUACCUUGCAGCUAAAUGGACUCCACUGGAUUUUAUUAUUUAAAAAAAGUUAGGAUGGUGUCACCGGACCUGAUAUGUGUCACUCAUGUAAAUAGAGGAGUGAUGCAGUCAGUUAUGCAUUUUAGUUUUGAGUUUGUAAGUCACUACCAUUCGUGCAAGUAGUUCUUGUGAGGUAAUGUCUUGUAAUUAUUUUGUUUAUACUACUUGUACAUCUCUAUUUUUGAUACAUGAUCUACAGAGUGUAUUUGCAUUGUAACUAGAGGGAGGGAAUUUUAGAUGGCCAUUUUGCUGUAUGCCAAGAGAACGUGUACAU